AUGGCAAAUUCAUCGAGUGCAACCCCUAGUUUUAAGGUGGUUUUAUUAGGAGAAGGUUGUGUGGGCAAAACGAGUCUAGUUCUGAGAUAUGUCGAGGACAAGUUUAAUAAUAAACACAUCACAACCGUUCAGGCAUCAUUCCUUAACAAAAAAAUUAACAUAGAUGGAAAACGAAUCACAUUAGCCAUAUGGGACACAGCCGGACAAGAAAAAUUCCACGCUUUAGGUCCUAUUUAUUACAGAUCUUCCAAUGGAGCAGUAUUAGUUUACGAUAUUACAGACCAAGAUUCAUUUCAAAAAGUAAAAACAUGGGUGAAAGAACUAAGAAAAAUGCUAGGACGAGAAGUAUGUCUGGCCAUAGUAGGAAACAAAAUAGAUUUGGAAAAAGACCGGACUGUGCCGGUCCAAGAAGCCGAAGAGUAUGCUACCAAAGUAGGAGCCUUGCACUUCUUCACUUCGGCCAAAUUGAAUGAAGGAGUAGAAGAAACUUUCCUUAGCCUGGCCAAACAGAUGCUGGCCAAAAGCGAAGAAAAAGAAGCUAAUGGUAAUCUAUCCAGGCAAAAUUCAUUGAGGAGAAACAUGCUGGUUGUGACUGAUGACGAACCGGAAACGGCGCCCACGAAAAGUUGUUGCGGUGCAGGAGGGGCUUAA